AUGUCCACUGUGAUGCUAUUCACCAUGAUGCCUCACCAAGAAGCACCGGAACGAACUAAUACUGCUACCAGAUCACAGGAAGAAGAGCUUCAGCAGAUUGAAGCUGAUUUGCAAGAGGAGAAGAUUCAUUCUCUUCGGAAUCGACUCGAUGCCAUGUUGGGAUCUUUGGUACAGCAGCAACCUUCAGCGCCGUCUGGCACGUCUGUGGCCUCCACGAUCACUACCGCAUCCACUACUUCAUCUACCAAGAGGACAACAGCAAUCCCACAAAAAUCACCGCCAGCAGAUCAAACUCUUUUGGCUGGUCGUAUUUGGGUCACGGAUCCCUACGGCGAUCAAGGCCAAUACGAAGGGGAUGUGGACACCAAUAACAUUCCUCAUGGCAUAGGCGACAUGAUCUAUUUGGAUGGCCGCACCUAUCAAGGUGGCUGGAGACAUGGUCAUUGGGAUGGUCCCGCCAAGGCAACCUUUCAAAAUGGCGACCAUUUCAAAGGCCACUAUAAGAUGGACCAACGACAUGGUCCUGGCAAAUAUCAGUGGAAGGAUGGUCGAUCCUACGUCGGUGAUUUUCAUCAAGACCAACGGCAUGGCAAGGGAGAAUUCCGUUGGCCGGACAAGUCCUGUUAUGUGGGAGACUUUUACAAGGGUCACCGACAUGGUUAUGGCAAUUAUAAGUUUCCAGAUGGCAGUGUAUACGAAGGGACUUGGAAAAAGUCCCAAAUGCACGGCCAAGGAGAAUGCAAAUGGGCGGACCAACGUAUUUACAGUGGAGAAUGGAAGAGUGGCAAGGCUCAUGGACUGGGCAAAGAGACCAGACCCGAUGGAUCUGUUCGUCACGAUGGUUUGUGGGAAGAAGACAAGCCAAUGCGAGACAUUCCUUCUGAAAUUGGGAUUUCAACCAAUGGAACAGCAGGAGCCCCACUUCCUCCUCCACCGCCGCCGCCACCACCAGCAAGGGCGGAAUCGUUAAUGAUGAGAGUCAACACCGACGAUCUCUCUUUUCUAGAACAAGCUGCGGCAGCUAUGGCCGACGAGGCUGAUGCCGGUGAUAGUAGUGUUGCGGAAACGACUGACCAAGUCGUGGGAGUAUGA